AUGGAUUAUCGUAUCAAAGGUGGAUAUCAUCCUCGUCUUGAUGGUGCAUUGAUGAAUCGACUUUGUGAAGCUCUUUUACUGAAUACCGGGCAUACUGAAGGUCAUAUGUUACGGAAACGACCCACAUCGGCUGCUGAUGUUGCUUUCUUUUUAUUUGGUGAUUUCCUUGAAGAAGUGGAUGAAUUCCGUGUAGCGGUUGGAAAAAGGGAUAUUUAUGAACUACGUCAACAACUCAAGAUUCAUCAUCGAUGCCAACCUUCCAGUACGGAUGAUCAGAAACGUGGUGCAAUAGCAAUGAUCCAAUUGAUGGCCCAAUUUGUACAACUUAGUGAUUGGCGUGAUUUAAUCAAGGAAAGUGAACAAGGUGACAUGGAGACUCUAUUGAAAUCAUCAAUGGCAACUGAAAUCACCAAAAAGCAAAAAAGCAAGAUGCCACCUUCAUUUCUUUCUUCGACCCCGAACUUAUUCCUUCCCCCGCCUCCGCGCCUUUAUUUUGACCGAUCUGUUGAAAAGAUCUUGGGAAUGUUUGCUCAUACGGAUCCUGAAAACGGCAUUGCUUCUAGUUUGGUACCUUCUUUACGUGAACAUUAUGGUGGUCUCAACAAAUUACCUGAUCCUCCAAAACCAAGUGCACUCAAGAUGUUAUGGACUCAAUUGACUGACUUUAUUGUAUUGAUCUUAUUGGCAGCUGCCGUCGUUGAGGCCGGACAACAGGAAUUCAAUAGUAUGGCUGUCUUGUUGAUUGUUGUAGUACUGAAUACAAUCAUUGGAUUUAGUCAAGAAUGGAAGGCAAGCAAAACUUUGAAUGCUUUGAUGAAUCUCUCUGUUCCGAUGGCUCAAGUGAUUCGUGAUGGCGAGCAACAAAUGAUUGACUCUGAAGAAUUGGUUCCUGGUGAUUUGGUAGUUUUAGAAGAAGGUGACGCGGUUCCCGCUGAUCUACGUUUGAUUCAUGUGGCUCAAUUAGAAUUGGUGGAAGGAAUCUUAACUGGUGAAAGCAUUCCUGUUCAAAAAUCUACUCAAGCUAUUAAAGCAAAAUCAAGGCGGAUACCAUUAGGUGAUUGUAAAGGAAAUGCAUUCAUGUCUACCACUGUUGCACGUGGUCGUGCAAAGGCGAUCGUUGUACGAACCGGUCUUCAAACUGAAAUUGGAAAAAUCAGUUCUGCUAUUCAUGCCGGAUCGAAAGGAAAAACCAAAACACCCGUACAACGUAAACUGGAUAAGCUCGGCAAAUAUUUGGUCCUGAUUGCUAUUCUCUUAUGUGCAUUGGUCGUCAUCAUUGGUGUGGCCUGGAAAAAAGAUGUGCGAACCAUGGUGAAUGUUGGUCUCAGUUUGGCAGUUUCUGUUAUUCCUGAAGGUCUUGUGGCAGUGACUACAGUCACUAUGGCGUUGGGCGUACGACGUAUGGCUGCAAACAAAUGUAUCGUUAGAACUUUACCGGCUGUAGAAUCACUUGGAAGUGUAACAGUAAUUUGCUCUGAUAAGACUGGUACAUUGACUGAAGGCAAAAUGGGUGUAGCGGAACUCUGGACGGGGGAUAAUACAUUAUAUCGAUUUACAGAAUCUACUUCAUUGAAUCCAAAUCAAGGCCAAAUCAUUCAAGAACCUGCAGAAUUACGGCGACGAAUGAUCCAUUUACAUCGACCUUCCAACAACAACCAUAUGUCGGGCAAUCAACUAUUAUCACCAUCAUCGAUCCGUACUACACAACAACAGCAAUCAACAAAUCAAUUGGGACCAAUUGACUAUGCAGCUUUACGACCUCAUUCAAUGGAUACACAACAUCCUCAACUUUAUCCCUGUCAUUUACGUUAUGCAUUGAUGAUUUCUGGACUUUGCAACAACUCAGCAGUAACGAUGGAUGAAGAUACCAAAGAAUGGCUUCCUGUAGGGGAUCCCACCGAAAUUGCACUCACCGUGGCAUCACAAAAGGGAAAAUUAGGAAGAUCUGUAUGGCAACAACAAGGAUUUACCAAAUUAUAUGAACGUGCUUUUGAUAGUGAACGCAAGCUGAUGAGCACGAUUUAUCAUCAUACCCAACAGCAACAUGAUAAAAAGGAAACAUCAACAUACUGGGUGCUUUGCAAAGGUGCUCCUGAAGAAUUAUUGGCCAAAUGUUCGACUUAUUUGAUCUCAUCUUCAUCAAGAUCAUCAGCAUCAACAACAACAACAACAGCGACAUCAGGAACAACACUAUCAAUUCCUUCGUCUUCCUUUUCUGAUGAUGAUACUCCUCAAUUCACACCACUGACUGAUGAUUUUGUGGAACAAGUGUCCAAUCAAAGUUCCAUGAUGGCAUCUCAAGGAUUACGUGUACUUGGCUUGGCAUUCAAGAAAAUUUCUUCUUCUAGUAUCACAACAACUGAAAAAAAAGAUGAUCCUCUUUUGGCAGAAGAUGAUUUUGGAUUUGUCUCUUUGAUUGGUUUGAUGGAUCCCCCAAAAGCUGGUGUCAAGGAAGCUGUGGCAGUCUGUCAACAAGCUGGAAUUAGAGUAAUGAUGAUUACUGGUGAUCAUGUGGAUACUGCAACUGCCAUUGCUGAAAAACUUGGUAUUUUCCAGAAAAAUGUUCCUGGCUUGAAUCGAGCUAUUUUAGGUCGGGAACUUGAUCUACUAUCCGAAGAUGCUUUGAUUGAAUUGGAUCCUUUUCCUAAUGUAUUUGCAAGGGUCAGUCCAGAUAACAAGCUUACUAUAGUCAAGGCUUUACAGAAAAGGGGUGAAUUGGUUGCUAUGACAGGUGAUGGCGUCAAUGAUGCACCGGCGAUCAAGAGUGCAGAUAUUGGUAUUGCGAUGGGAUUGGCUGGUACAGAAAUCACCAAACAAGCAGCGGAUCUCGUGUUAUUGGAUGACAACUUUUCAACAAUUGUAGCAGCUGUUCAUGAAGGCCGACAUGUGUUUGAUAAUAUUUUGAAAUUCAUUGUAUAUCUUCUUAGUUGUAAUGGAGCAGAAAUCUUUCUCAUGUUGAUCUGUGCAAUGGCCGAUCUGGAAACUCCUUUAACAGUGAUGAUGAUUUUAUGGGCCAAUAUUAUCUCGGAUAUCCCUCCUUCCAUGGCGAUUGGUGUUGAACCCAAAGAAGCAGAUCUCAUGAAACGUGCACCAAGACCUCCUGGACGCGGUGUAUUGACCAAAGUCAGUUGGCUGGUGAUCUUUUGUCAAUCCUUGACUAUUGCCGGUUUGACCGUGGCGGGAUAUUGUGUGUCCUUGUUUUACUUGCAUCAUUCUCUAGAAGAUGCACGAUCACUGGCAUUUACUUGUAUCACCAUGAUGCAACUUACCAACUCGUUCACAGCAAGAUCAGUGCAAGCUUCUAUGUUUACUAUGGGUGUUACUGGCAAUCACUGGCUCGUGAUCGCUUUCUUUGUGUCAUUGGGUUUCAUGCUAUUGGGUAUUUAUUGUCCUGGUAUUUCCAGUUGGUUGGAACUCACAUUUGUCGAUGGUUGGUCUUGGGUGAUGGUGGUGAUUUGUUGUAUUAUUAUGCUCUCUCUGGUAGAAUUGGAAAAAUUACUCAUUCGUAGAUUACAUGGUGUUAUUUGA